CACAGAGGCGCCACAGUUUGGAUCCCAUAUAUCUUAGGUAGAUGUAAACCUAUUAUUUUUCGGCAGUGCUUCAGAAUUUACCAGUUUUUGCGAUUGCUAUUCUCAGUAAUGGUUGUACAACAUUUUUCUUCCAAUUGUGCUGUAAAUCUACGACAACUGUGGAUAAUUUCAUAAUUAUUUUAAAAACUCACCUCGUCAUCUCGAAAAAAAAAACUUAAACGUACCACAGCCUCUUAGUCGGGUUCUUAAUUCAUCAUUCCAGUAUCAUAUUCUGCAGAAACAAUAAAAGAAGGAAAAUCUUGUGAAACCUUAUCAGAAUUGAACUUGAAUCUGAGUACUUCAAGAAAAGGAUUUGGAGGGACAAUGGAGGGACUACAAGCGUUUGUUGAAAAAUCUUUCGAAGGGGAGGAUGCGAAAUUCGUACCGAAGUCAUCACCGACUUCGACAACCACUUCAUCCACCGUCCGUGGUCGACCCCUAGCUAGCAUCCAAAAAUGCAGCGCCUGGCUUAGUCUCAUCAGCAACACAUCUGGAACGCUCGCCUCGACCUCCGGCUCAUGUGCAACGCAGCGAAAGGGUCGGCAUGCGACGACGAGCAGCGGAAUCUCAUCAUCAUCGACGACCCUUGCGUCUUUUCUCCCCAGGAGCCGCGGGCUGACAGCACUUGGUCAGUCGCUGGGAGGUCUUGCUAAGCUGGGUUCGCCGCGGCAGGGAAUUGCGUUGAGUGAUACGGGAGUGCUUGGAGGAAGCGACGGGACGCUAGCCCACCCAGGCCUCCAGCCGAUCCCGCUGACCACCGUCCGGAAGAGAGGUGCGGACCUUACCCUUGACGAAACACAGCCAAAGAGAUUAAAGACGAACGAAAAUGGUGACGAUGACGCAAAGUCAAAAGAGUCCGGUUCACCGAAUCGCAGUCCCGACAGCAUAGCCAUUGUUACGUCAGAGCAAAAUCAGCCAGAUGGUAGGGCAGUCGUCACAGACAACGAUAUCACACUACCCGUCAAUACUUUGUCUCCAAAUCUUCCGCGAUCGAAUCCAAACCCACUUCCCGAUCUACCUACUCCCCUAUCCGUCACCCGGCGAUCGCCUGAAUGUCUGCCAAACUUCGACGAUAUGUCGAUUCCUGUAACGAUCAACAUCAACGACGGCAUCGGCCCACUCGAUAAAGCGGGAAGCGACGUCGUUUGCGAUUCCCCUCUCACACAUAACUCGGACAAUCGCUGCGGUUCGAUAUCGCCGUUAGAUGUGAUAACAUCGUCUGCCGGUGUAUCGGCUGGGGGAAUCAUGUCAACAGUCAGCCCAUCGUCGACCGCUGCGGCUGCAGCGGCGGCAGGGAAGCUGAAACAACGGCGAAGCAGGACGAAUUUCACCGCGGAGCAGUUGAGCGAGCUAGAGAAAUUAUUUGAUGAGACGCACUACCCAGACGCGUUCAUGAGGGAGGAGCUAAGUCGGAAGCUAGGACUUUCAGAGGCACGAGUGCAGGUGUGGUUUCAGAACCGAAGGGCAAAAUGCCGGAAGCAGGAGAACCACAAUGGUACUCCGAUUGGAAACAGCACAUCGGUCGACACGUGCCGUGUCGCCCCAUACCUCAGCAUGGGCUCACUACGAAUGCCGUUCGAACGCGUUCAAGAACAACUUCAACUCAACAUCAAAGCCCCCUCCGCCCCUUCCCCCUCCUCUCCGUCCUCCAUCGCAUCUCCCCUCUCUCCAACACGGGCCCUCCCGGCGACCGCCGCACCCCAUGCCCCGCUCCCGCCACCAUCCCUCCUCGCUCACGCUCCACCGUUCAUGUUCUUCCCACCGCCUCCCUACGCCUUCCCGCUCGCCACGCUCAUGGGUUCGAUGUUGGCUAGAGGCGCAUCCUCGGUGACCAGCUCGAGCAAGAGCUCGAGUAUAGCGGAUCUUCGGCUGAAGGCCCGCCAACAUGCCGCCGCUCUCGGGCUCCAGGCGUUCAUCACACCGUAGUGUUUGCCAGGAAGGUAACUACACCAGCACUGAAAAGGACAAUUGUAGGCAAAGGGCAGAUAAAUCAUCAUCUCGAUGGAGACAGCCAUGACAGCCAGUGCUUGCACUUAUCAAUAUUUGCCCUAUAUCACUAUUGCUCUUCAUAUUCUCGCAUAAGUUGACUCUAAACUUCUGUUGCAGUUGAUUCACGCCGUGACGAUCGUCGACGAAAUACGCUUCUCUGAUUGGUCAAAAGUUUGUUCCCAUAACAUCGUGAUGACCGAGAGUUUCGUCGUCUAGCGCCACCAUUGUUAAA